UCCCGUCACAUUUAAACCCUAGAGAGUGAGUUUAGUCUCUCUCUCGUCCAUGCUUCUCUUUCUGAUCCGAAACUAGAUUGUUCUCUGUUUGCUGGGUUUCUUCUCAUCCACUAUUAUGAUUCUUUUCUGCAACCCUAAAAGAUACAACAUGGCUUUCUUAAGUAAAGUUGGAGGGAUAUUUAGGCAGACUAGCACUCAUCAUGUCACUGCCUCUAACUUGAUGAUGCUCCGUUGCAUGUCUUCUUCAAAAACCUUUGGUGUCUCUCACUCGAUUCUACCGUUCAUCCGUAGCUUCUCUUCUUCAAAAAUCUUUGUUGGAGGUAUCUCCUACCGCACUGAUGAGGUUGGCUUGAGAGAAGCUUUUAGCCAUUUUGGUCAAAUUGUUGAUGCCGAAAUUGUUGUGGACCGUGAAACUGGUAGAUCGAGGGGUUUUGCUUUCGUGACAUUUACUUCUAACGAGGAUGCUUGUAAUGCCACAGAUAUGGAUGGAGAGUACCUUCAUGGUCGAAGACUUAGGGUGAACUACGCUACUGAAAGAGGAAGUGGGUUUGGAGGCGGUGGUGGUUACAGAGGCCGCCGUCAUGUUUUUUAUGAUGAUCUUCUACCUUGUGGUUGCGAAGAAGGCUUUUCUGUUUGGUCGCAGUGACAAUCAGUUUGGUGGUUCAGAGAAGGGUCAAACAGAGGUUGGUCCAGAUGGAAUUUGAUCAGACUGACGAUGGUGAUGUUGCCAAGAGAGCUUAAUCUCUCAAUAAUGUUGAGAACCGCUGCAGUUUCAGCAUAAACAUAUGGAAGUUUCUUAACGUUUGGGGUUUUGCUUAUCAUGUAGAAACCUCUAUUGUUGGUUGUUUUAAAUGUUUUGACAUUUGAGGCUCAUAAAUAAAUAAAAACAGUAAUACCUUAUAACAGAAUCUUAGUUUUUUUUUU